AUGAAGAUAGUGAUUUUCACUGGACUGCUCUCUCUUACCUCGAAUCUUUUCACAACAGCUUCAGAAUUUUCACUGAAUGGCUCUGCAAUUAAAACUGUGUCUCUUAUCAAGACCUUCCGUGGAAUUUCAGCAAGAGACUAUGAUUACAUCCCCCCUUAUGUUAUAGAAGGGGAGACAACGACCAUCCAUAUCAGAGAACAUAAAUGCUCUUCAAAAAAAUCAAAUGACUCCACUUUAACAGAAGUGAAUAACACCACGCUGGAGUACCUGACCAGUUCUCUGAGCACCAAGCUAAUACCCGCCAUCUACCUCAGUGCUGUUUUAUUGGGUGUACCAUCUAAUGCCAUCAUUUUGUGGAUGCUGGUCUUCAGGAUCCGGUCUGUGUGCACUGCCAUCCUCUACACAAACUUGGCAGUUUCAGAUCUGCUCUUCUGCAUCAUGUUGCCCUUCAAAAUAGCAUACCACAUCAACGGGAACAACUGGAUUUUUGGGGAAACGAUGUGUCGAACUACCACUGCAGUGUUUUAUGGCAACAUGUACUGCUCCAUUCUGCUGCUCACGUGCAUCAGCAUCAGCCGCUAUGUGGCCAUCGUUCACCCCUUCACCUACAAGCGCCUGCCAAAGCGUGCCUAUGCCAUCAUGGUCUGCGCUACUGUGUGGACCAUUGUCUUCUUGUACAUGCUUCCGCUUUGCAUAAUGCAGCAAAGCUAUUAUGUGAAACAGCUGGGCAUUUAUACCUGCCAUGAUGUGCACAAUGCCUGUGAAACAAUAUCUUCUUUCCAGUUCUACUACUAUGUUUCUUUAGCUAUCUUUGGGUUUUUAAUACCUCUUGCAGCUAUCGUUUUCUGCUAUGUCUCAAUUAUACGAACACUCAAGACUCAUGAAUGGUUCUGGUACGUUAAAGUCAGUCUUUUGAUACUCACCAUCUUUGCUAUUUGCUUUGUGCCAAGCAAUAUUAUCCUUAUUAUCCAUCACAUCAACUAUUAUUAUUAUAAAACAGAUGGGUUGUAUUCUUUUUAUCUAAUUGCUUUAUGCCUUAGCAGCUUAAACAGUUGUCUGGAUCCUUUCCUUUAUUUUCUGAUGUCAAAAAUUAGAAGUCAAUCCAAUAUUUAUCUAACAAUGGUUAAAAUAUCCAGGGAAAAAUGAAAUUAGUUCUAUAUUUAUAUUACUAGAGUUAUGAUUUUGUGUAGUAUUAACCCAGGCAGCAACAAACCUCAGUGCAACAAACUUAAA